AUGGACCAGGAAACAGAACAAACACAAGACAGUACUGAGCAUGAACCGGUGGAAGAGGAACCUGAGAAGGAACAAGAGCAGUCUGAUGAUCCCAAUAAAGUAUCCCCGUAUCUGACAACAUUUCCAACUGCCAUGAUGAAGUUUGCAAGUUUCAGAAAAAAUAAAGUGCCUGACUCUUCAAACGCCACGAAGGUACCAGAUGCAAAAAAGCAGCCCUUGGAAGGGCCAUUCGCCUUGGGCCCUCUAGUCUUCCCUAAGUUACAGCGUUUCAACAACAUUAACUUCUUCCUCAUUUUGUACUGUAUGGUGGUCCUAGCUCAAGGUCUUGUAUUUGGUCUUGUUGGGCUGAGUAUUGGACAUUUUCAGAAGGAAUUUUAUCUGUCAAGGCCAGAGAAGGUUGUAUUGAUCUUCAGUUAUGAUGUUAUAUCUUUGCUGGUAGCAAUACUUGUAGCAUACUAUGGAAGUAAAUGGAACAGGUCCAAGUGGGUGGCAGCUGGAGCCUUUUUAGUGGGACUUGGAUCCAUUUUUUGUGCUAUUCCAUACAUGAAGUACGAAAUUGUAGCACCGAUGGAAGAAAAUGAAGAGUUAUGCAUAGAAGAUGAAGACCGGUCAAUGGCAGAAUGUGGGGAAAGCCUAGUACCACACAGAUCAGAGAUCCUCUCUCUCUUCAUCUUCGGACAGUGUCUCCAGGGACUUGCAGGGAUGCCUAUUUAUAUCCUUGGUGUGAUCUUCCUUUAUGACCACACGGCCACACAUUCAGCUGGCAUCUAUCUAGGUAUUGGUGAAGCUGUACAAAUACUGGGAUAUGGUCUGGGUUACACCGUGGGAUCACCAAAUCUUAAGCCUCCAAAUAAUCAAGCUUUGAACGAAGAGAUAACUUACAACUUUCUAAAGGAGCAAAUCAAUUGGUGGGCUGGUUUCCUUAGUGCUGCUCUACUUGCAUGGUUUGCAUUUUUACCAUUGUUAUGUUUUCCAACUAAUUUACCUGGUUCACACAAGCUAAGACAUCGGAAAGAGAAGGAACCUCUCACCUUUGACAAGAGACUUAAAUAUAAGAAAUUUGGACCUAAAUUGAAGGAUUUGCUUAAUGCUCUCCAGUGUCUCUCCAAGUGCCCGCUACUGAUAUGCCACGCAAUGUGCAAAGCCACAGAGUCCUUGUCUUAUAUUGGAGCUACAGAAUUUUUGCCCAAAUAUUUAGAAAAUCAGUUUUUGUUAACGCCCUCACUUGCUACUCUGCUUACAGGAAUUAUUUUAGUCCCAGGAGGAGCAAUUGGAAGUUUCCUAGGAGGUCUCAUUGUUUCCAAGUUGAGAAUGUCUUGCAAAAGCCAGAUGAGAUUUGUAAUGGUGACAUCUAUUAUAUCACUUCUGCUUUUUGUAUUAAUAGCUUUUGUAGAGUGUGAAACGGUGAAAUUUGCUGGAAUCAGUGAAGAUUAUGAUGGGUCAGGUAUCAUGGGAAACCUCACAGCUUCAUGCAAUAUGCACUGUGGCUGUGCAAGCACUGUCUAUGCUUCUGUGUGUGGGAGAGACGACAUCGAGUAUUUCUCUCCCUGCUUUGCAGGCUGCAAAUCUAAGAAACACUUAAACAACGAAAAGACAUACUACAAUUGUUCUUGCAUUAAAGAAGGAUUGACAACUGCAGAUACUGAAGGUGAUUUUGUUGAUGCCUUUCCUGGGAAAUGCAAUACCAAGUGUUUUAAAUUACCUUUGUUUUUUGCUUUUUUCUUUUCUGCAAUUACUUUUUCUAGUUCAUCUAAUAUACCAAUCAUCUUGAUUAUCCUCCGAACUUUACCUCCCAAUUUAAAGUCACUGGGCAUGGGUGUGACCUAUACAACUUUGAGAUUAUUUGGAUCCAUCCCUGGACCAAUACUUUUUCGAUUAACAGCAAAUAGUUCUUGUAUUUACUGGGACAUUAAUAAAUGUGGAGUUAGAGGACGUUGUUGGAUCUAUAAUAAGUCGAAAAUGGUCUACAUAUUGUUGGGACUAUGUAAUGCUUGCAAAUUGGCCACAACCUUCCUUAGUUUUUCUGCACUUCAUAAAUAUGAUCUUAUGGUUGGUGAAAGUUCUGAGAAUCUGGACCUGCCUGAAAAGGAAGCAAAAGAAACCAGAACUAGACAAAAAUAA